AUGGCCAUGAAUUUCGUGACUUUUAAUCAGGAUUACAGCUAUCUGGCUGUGGCAACAUCGAAAGGAUUUCAGAUAUUCACCACUGAACCCUUCGCCAAAAGCUAUGAAGCCAAAGAAGGAAAUAUAGCAGUCAUCGAGAUGCUGUUUUCAACUUCCCUGGUGGCUUUGAUCUUGUCGCCCAGGCGCUUGCAGAUCCAAAACACCAAGCGACAAUGCACAAUCUGCGAGUUGACAUUUCCAACAACAGUCUUGGCCGUCAAGCUAAAUCGCAAGCGUCUGGUCAUCGUUCUCGAGGACCAAAUUUAUCUUUAUGAUAUCCAAACCAUGAAGCUUUUGUCCACCAUUGAUACCUCGCCGAACCCAAAUGCCAUUUGUGCACUGGCUCCUUCAUCGGAGAAUUGUUAUAUGGCUUAUCCUCUUCCGCAAAAGGUCCCUGCUGCUGCAAAUACACCAGCGCAUGCCCCGCCCGGAACGACCCAUGUCUCUCCCACCACUGGAGAUGUUCUGAUUUUCGAUGCCGUGAAACUAGAAGCCAUAAAUGUCAUCGAAGCCCAUCGUUCCCCCCUCGCACUCAUUGCGCUUAACAGCGACGGGACGUUGUUGGCAACCGCCUCAGACAAAGGGACUAUCAUACGUAUAUUCUCUGUUCCGGAUGGCCACAAGCUGUACCAGUUCCGACGUGGCUCUAUGCCAUCCCGCAUUUACAGCAUGUCCUUCAACACGACCUCAACACUUUUGUGUGUUUCUUCGUCUACAGAGACUGUCCACAUCUUCAAAUUGAGUCACCAAGGACCUUUCUCCGAUGGUUCAGCAUCGCAGUCUUCAGGUACCCGGGAGCAAAUCUCUCCCUCGGGUGGAUAUGGACAUUCAGCCGAUGACGAUGAAGCGGGAGACGCAGGCUCGGAUUCUUCAGCAAGGAAACACAACGGAACACUAAUGGGCAUACUGCGACGGACUUCUCAGAAUGUUGGCGGUGCAGUCGCAGCUAGAGUGGGUGGGUAUCUUCCAAAAGGAGUCAGUGAGAUGUGGGAGCCAGCUCGAGACUUUGCUUGGAUCAAAUUGCCACGAUCAAGCCAGGGCCCUGCCGGAAGCCCUGGUGCCGGGCCGACGAGGAGUGUUGUUGCCAUGAGUAGCAACACACCUCAGGUCAUGGUUGUGACCAGCGAUGGCGGCUUCUACGUAUUCAACAUUGAUCUCUCCAAAGGCGGGGAAGGAACUCUGACCAAGCAGUACUCUGUUGUGGAUUCAAACGACAGGCUGGGAUACACUGCAGAGUACUGA